CUCGUAGCGGCCCUUCCAGAGGUUUUGGGAGAUCUCGUCGAGGUUGCUAUACAUGUCGGAGGAGGAAGGUAAAAUGCAAUGAAGAACGUCCCGUGUGUGGGCAUUGCCGUCGCCUUCAGCUUGCAUGCAGCUAUGAACCUCUAUCUACUAGGCCGUUCGAUGCUUCCCCAAAACUGCCGGGUCAUCGACAAAACGCAUCUUUGCCUCGCGAGCAAAAUGCUGCACUUUUGACAGCCCAAUCCUUCUCUGCGCCUCAAGUGCGAGAUAACCCGAGCGAGUCGCGCAUUGUCAACACAUCUAGAGCUCAGAGCGUAAGCCAUGAUGGAGAUGCAGUGCCAGAUUACGAGUCCAAUUUGAUGGGGCAGAUAGUUCCAAACCUAAACUUCGAAGGUCAUCUGACAAGCCAGACAACACAACAGCGUAUGUCAGGCCCAGAUACCUGGGAACUCGAGCUACUAGGAGAGGACAGCCUUUGGGCAAAUAUUCCUAUUCUAUCAAACUUUAUUUCAGUGCAAGACUCGCCGCCAUACGAAUAUGUGUCCUCCCAUGAUGUUCCUCAGCCUUUAAUGAACCCUACUCUUUCUGGUAAUGGACAAUUUGUGAAUGGCAUGGCGGCAAACGGAACGGGAGGAAUGAUAAAUCAGGUACCAAAGCAGCACUCUUCUGAUCAAAGUACCUUUUUGCCCGCGGAUGAAAUCACUCUUUUGAGACAUUUUGUGGAUUUUGCCGUUCCACCAAUACUCAUAGGGGUAGAACCCAGAUGGAACUCAUCGCGAGAUGCGCUCCUUCGACUGUCAAAAUCAAAUCUUCCCUUGCGUCACGCUAUUUGCGCCUUCUCUGCUUUAUCACUUGAAGAAGCUGAGACAAGGACGUCAUCUGCAAGACAGUCAUCAACCUUCUAUUCCACUCUGGCAAUGACUGAAUUGAACAAGUUGCUUGAUGAGCAGGCAAAUGGAAAUGCUAGAUCAGACUCACAAGAAAGCAUUUUGGCAAGUAUAUUUUUCCUCUCUUAUGUUGAGCUGAUCGUCUCGAAUGCUCCUAAGCGUUCAGUCUAUUUAUUGGACCGAGCCCAUGCUCUACUGAGCAACAGAUCCUCUUCUGCUUCCCCGUUAUACAAUCAGCUACAGAUCUGGCUUAAAUUGUUGGAUGCGAAAGUUGUGAGUGCCGGCGGCAAAGGGAUCCAUUUGCACACGAAUCCGGACACUCAGGAUCUCGACAUUGUGCGCGAAAGCUAUGACUCGUCUGUGAUCUGCGAACAGUCCGGUGUAACCACUCCAAUUCUAGAAACAGAGGAGAUUCUGUUCAAUUCGUUAAACCGCCCAUCUUACAAUUUUUACGUGCAGGUUCUGAACUUUUCAGGCCGCAUUGCACGCUUAGACAAAUGGCAUCGCUCUCGGGGAUCCGUGCAAGACGAGCUCGAGGUAAUGCUCGCUGCAGAUAAGGUCAUACGGGACCUUAAUGCUCUCUGGACUCGAAGACCUGCAAUUAUUGACCUUGCAGAUCAGAGAGAGCAACUGCGGCAGUAUUUAGCCCCAAGCCUUGCAACUAAAGUCGAGCACCAUCUACGCACAUACACGGCAAACUACUACGCUUGUUUCAUCCACCUUCAGCGUGUCGCAUAUGCACAUUUGAAACCUAUCUCACAAAUAAAAACUUCUGUCGCAAAAAUUGUGCAUCUUUCUCGACUCACGGUAGAUGAGGGGCAUGCAUUGCCUGUGAGCAUGCUCUGGCCGCUGAUGAUGGCUGCAUGCGAAGCCGAGGAUGAAGAGACGCAAAAUUGGAUUAUCAAUUGCAUCGAGGGAAUGAAAAGUAAAGUUGGGAACGCGAUGAGAACAGCUAAGCUGGUUAGAGAGAUUGUGAAGAGACAAAAGAGUGGUCAGAGAGCAGAUGCUAGGACGGUCAUGCAUGAGGCAUUUGGAGCAGUCUUCGCCAUCAUUUGAACUCUCAACGGGAGCUCUUUCUAGACUUUCCUAUCACCUAAAUACUUAGACUACCC